AUGCUUGAACAUUUCACCUCAAACAGCAUACUAUCAUACAGUUGUGAAACCAUGUUUAGAAUAUUGGGCUGGUUUGUUGUUGCUCUUUUAUUUUCUUUCCAUUCUCUGCAAAGACAAACUUGGUAUAAUAAAGUGUACAAGGAAUUGACUAAUUCAUCCAUAACCGUGCUUUAUGGAAAAGGUGUAAGUUUUGUUCAUUGUGCAGGCCUCUGUACUGGAGACGACUACUGCAUUGAGUUCCUUUACAGCGAGACUAGCAGGCGAUGCAUCGGACACCAUUAUGUAAAGAAGGGAAGCUACUCGUAUCAGUAUGUCCUCCCAGCAUCUCCCCGAAUGCUUUAUUUCAAAAAAGAGUUGAACUGGGUAGAAUAUGCUGGUCACUUUUACUUUUUUGGAAAAGAAGAAGUCAAAUGGAGAAACGCCAAGCUGGGAUGUCAGAAAAUAUGUGCACAUUUGGUGGAAAUUGAAACGAAAGAGGAAUCUGAUUGGCUGUGGGCUACAUUUCUUAAAAAAGUAGGCUGUAACACUGGAUGUACACCUUGGACAGGCGGUAAUGACCUUGCCACUGAAGGUCAAUUCGUAUGGGACCACUCAAACACGACGAUUGGCUUCUUUAACUGGUCGCCAGGUAAUCCUAGCAUAGUUCAUCCCAACCAGGCUCCGACUCGCGACUGCAUUGAAAUGUACUCCAGUGGGAAGUGGAAUGAUCGACGAUGUUCUUCUUUGAACUCGUUUAUUUGUGAAAAAGUGAUGUAAUGCUUUACCUACCGCUUAAUGUUACGCUGUGUUAUCUAGGCGUGUUGUUAAUCACCCACUUUUGCUUUUUAAAAAGACAGGUUAAUGUGUAUUCCUUUUUGUUUUCCCUCGGACUGAAAUGUCACACUUUCAUUGGUUUAAACAUAGCACGUGAUUACCUCAUAUAUCUCUAUAUUUGUUCUGUGAGAAAUAAUAUUAGGCAAUAUGGCCGUCACUGGCCGACGCUUCGCUUACUCAUUUCGACAUUUCAUAGUAUUUAAUACAUAAACCGCAUGCCGUAAGUUCUUAAAGUAUUUGGAGUAGUUGCCCUUUGAAAUUCUUUAAAAUUAGAGUAGUUGCCCUUAGAAUAUUGACGUCACAUUGUUUUGUCUGGAGCAGAACAAAAUGGCAGCGUCAAAAUUUGCUCAAAUCUCUGCAGAGAAAGGGAGAAAACAUUGAAAAUUGAAUAGCAACAAAAAAUUGCAAAUCAUGGGUGAAGCAAAGGUUUUUAAAGAGUAUUUGAAAGGUGAGAUUGAAAAUUUUGAAGAGUUUAAAUGAGUUAAAUUGGACGAAAUGUUAGGCAUUUUGAACCUGGCUUUGGGUAAAUCAUUGCUAUUUGUGAACAAAUAUGUCGCUUGAUAGUCCUCGGGAAAA